CGUCGCCGAAUGAUGACGAUGAAUGACGUCACACAAGGUCGACAACAAAAUCCUUGUCGUCCCAGACGAGAAGUCGAAUGUUUUUCUGUGGUCAACAACCUUUGAACAUGUUUUUUCUGCGGGUUUGGGUCUCGGCCAGCAAACAAGCGGUGUCCAGAAAGCUGUCGAUGGAGUCUGUCCUCACAGGAUGCUCACGGGCGUCCAGUGGAAUGGCGGCAGACAAGGAGCCGCUGAAAAAAGCCAAAACACCACAAGGACGCUUUGACGUUCCUGAAGAGAAAAGCAAAGAUGUUCUAGAAAAGUUUCCUGACAACAUCAACCCUGUAACUAAGGAGAAAGGUGGUCCUCGAGGUCCAGAGCCCACCCGCUAUGGAGACUGGGAGAGACGGGGCCGCUGUGUGGACUUCUAGCUCUGCCUGGAUUGUUGGGAUUUUUGUUGUAUAGUAGUAAAUCCAUGUUACAAAUGUUGCUUCCAUUGUAAGCUUACCGUUUGUGAAAAUGUUUCUCACAUAUGCUCAACUUUAAUAUGAUUUCUGCCAAUUAUGGAGUUUUUUUUGGCUUUUUUCUUUUAAAAACAUGUUCACUGAAAACUAUCCAUUUCUUCCACAAGCUGAGAUUGUUUCAGGCCUUUAGGGGCUAAAAUGGUUUGUUUUAAAAAUCUUUGGAAGAUUUUUUUGUGUUUUCAUAGACAUUAACUGAUUGCUCUUUCCUCCAUUUGUAACCACUUCUGAUAUCAGCCACCUUUAGAACAGUUCAGCGCACUAAUGUCUGACAUAACACUGACAAGAGGAAUUGUCUUUUAAUGCUCAAACUGCUCAUAAAAAGAAAUCCAUCCAUCUUCUGAAUCCUCUUUAAGGUCACAUGGUUGCUGGAGCCUAUCCCAGCUACUGUGGGAGGAAGUGGGGUACACUCUGAACAGGUCGCCAGUCUGUUGGAGGAACAAGAAGAAAUCCCUUUGAUUAAUUAAAUAGAGUCGAUUGAGAAUGGUAAAUGGCGUGUACUUAUGUAGCGCUUUUCUACCUACAAGGCCCAAAGCGCUUUAGAGUCACACACUGGUGGCAGCUCCGCCCCCGAACACUGGCGCCAACCUCCCACCAGAGGCAAGGUGGGGUUCAGUGUCUUGCCCAAGGACACAUCGACUCAUGGGCGUGCAAGGCGGGAAUUGAACCUGCAACCUUACGAUCAUGGGUCGACUGCCCUACUGCUGCACCACGGCUGCCCCCAAAGAAUGAUUGACAGGAGGAACUUCAUUGUUUCAAACCGGAUGGACUGUAAACUUCUGGAUCAUCUUGAGAGAAGUCCUGAUUCGAGGUCGGCCUAAAGGCUUAUUGUGUUUUCCUCUUGUUUGCACACAGACACCUAAUGUACAAAGAUGAGACAUCUAGGAGAUUAAUAAAAAAGAGUUUAAAGAAAAAAGACAGACACCUUGAAAACCUGGCUUUAUUGCAAAAGGUUUUUCCCAAACACCCAACCUACUCUGCAUAACGUACAGCGGUUAACUCUCCAGUAUUUGGAGGCGUUUCUAAUAAACUGCAGACUUUUAGCUUACAUUUAGUCAUCAGUUUUUAUUAUGACGGUUGUAUAGUUUUAACUUACUGUAUUUAUCCACCCCACCUUAAGGGAGGACAAACCCAAAGUGUCCAGGUUUUGCAGUGACUGAAAAAUCUAUCAUGUCUAGACGGGCGUAUAUUUAUGAGAGGAUGAAGGUUCAAUAAAACAAAGUUACUGAUCUGUGAAA